GAAAGGUUAAAAUGUAGGACACAAUGUCGUAAAAGCCGUUUUGUGAUAUGUUUAUUUUUGGGACAUAUCACAUGAUCACAUGAAAGAGAUUGACAACUUUUAAACAACUUUUUUCCUGGUAUGAAACGUUAAUAAAGAUUAGAUAUGGCAGGUGGAGGUGAUAAGAAAGAACAUCUGUAUAAAAUAUUGGUAAUAGGUGAGCUAGGGACAGGUAAAACAUCAAUAAUCAAACGAUAUGUACAUCAGUUCUUUUCUCAACACUACAGAGCAACUAUUGGUGUAGAUUUUGCCUUAAAGGUCAUUAAUUGGGACGCUGAGACCAUAGUGAGGCUGCAGUUAUGGGACAUUGCAGGUCAAGAAAGGUUUGGAAAUAUGACUAGGGUAUAUUAUAAGGAGGCAGUGGGAGCAUUUAUUGUGUUUGACUUGACUAGAGCAUCAACAUUUGAUGCUGUAACAAAGUGGAAAAAUGACCUUGACCUCAAAGUUCAACUUGCUGAUGGGAGACCAGUGCCAUGUGUUCUUUUAGCCAAUAAGUGUGAUCAACCUAAAGAAGGAUUAAUGAAUAACACAUCUCAGAUAGAUGAAUUUUGUAAAGAAAAAGGCUUCAUUGGUUGGUUCGAAACAUCAGCAAAGGAAAAUAUAAAUAUUGAUGAAGCAGCUAGAUUUUUAGUUACUCAG